AUGGACAAUGACUUGGACAUGGAUCAGCAGGUUACAUCAGGUCGUCUGAAGGGAAUAAUUUUCAAUAUUUUAUCUGAGGAAGAUGCAAGCAAGAUAUCAGCCACCGUCGUUGGAGCUGUCAAUGAAGUCUCAGAUCCUGCAUUGGGAUUGCCCAAUCCAAAUUCUAAUGAAUGUCUUACAUGUGGUGCUAAACGUAAUAGAGAGUGUGAAGGUCAUUUUGGGUUGAUCAACUUGCCAUAUACAAUUCUCAAUCCAUAUUUCAUGUCUGAAGUUGCACAGAUUCUUAAUAAAAUCUGUCCGGGCUGUAAAUUUCUUAGGCGCUAUAAGGUCAAGAAAGCUGAUUCUGCAUCAAUUCAUCAUCAGCCUAGGAAUUGCAAGUACUGUACUGGAAGACUGAGAGACCGUUACCCACCAAUGAAAUUUAGAGUAUCUUCCAAAGACAUGUUUGCAAAGACGGCAAUUGUUGCAGAGGUCAAUGAAAAGUUCAUAAAUAACAGCUCUGGAAAAGUUUUGGCUUCUGACUAUUGGGAUGUCAUCCCUCAAGAAUCAAGCCCAGAAGAGAGCUCCUUGCAAUCAAACAUAAGAGUUCUAUCACAUGCCCAGGUUUAUAGCAUCUUGAAAGAUGUUAGCCCAACGAUUCUUCAAGCAGUUCUCAGAAGGAAAAAUUCAAUCUUUCUCAGCUCGAUGCUUGUGACUCCAAAUAGUCAUCGAGUGAGAGAAUUUGGGCAUCGUAUAACUUUGGAUGAAAGUACAAGGAUGUAUAGAAAGCUGCUUGAUUUCAGAGGUACACCAAAUGAAUUGGGUGCUCGUGUUCUUGACCGUUAUAAAAUUUCCAAGAUACGAGCUGAAAAAUUGUCACCCAUGCAUAGGAUAUAUUCUGAAAAUAAAUCAACAAGUGAUGCUUCCAAUACAUCUGGUCUGAAACACAUAAAAGAACUUCUACUUGGAAAACGGACAAAUCAUGCUUUCCGCAUGGUGGUCGUUGGGGAUUCCCAUAUAAAGGUGGAUGAAAUUGGCGUGCCAGUUCAAAUUGCAGGGAACCUGUUGGUACAAGACCAUUUAAAUGUGUGGAAUUGGGAUAGACUAGAACCUUGCUGCGAUUUUUUGCUUUAUCAAAAGGGUGAAAUUUCUGUUCUUAGAAAUGGUAAGAAACUUUGUAUUAGGUCCAAGUACUCACUGGAGGGAGGAGAUAUUAUAUACCGGCCUCUCAUUGAUGGAGAUAUUUUGUUGAUUAAUAGGCCUCCAUCUAUUCACCAGCAUUCCCUUAUAGCUGUAUAUGUCAAAAUUCUUCCAGCAAAUUCGGUCUUCUCUGUCAAUCCUAUUAUUUGUUCCCCACUUCGAGGAGACUUUGAUGGAGAUUGUCUUCAUGGUUAUGUUCCUCAAUCAGUAGAUUCUAGAGUAGAGUUAAAUGAACUUGUUGGUCUGGAUAAACAACUGAUCAAUGGACAGAGUGGUCAUAACCUCUUGUCGCUUAGUCAUGAUAGUUUAACUGCAGCACAUUUAAUUCUCGAGGAUGGGGUUUUUCUGAAUAAAUCUGAAAUGCAGCAGCUGCAAAUGUUUUGUCAUCAUCAGUUGCAAUUGCCAGAAUCAGCUUCAUCGGAGACUUCUUUGUGGACCGGAAAACAAUUAUUUAGCUCGCUUUUACCUUCAGAUUUUGAAUAUGUUUAUCCGUCUAACAAUGUCCAUAUCAGUAGAGGGGAGCUUAUAACAUCUCCUAACGGUUCUUCAUGGCUACGUGACAGUAAAGACAACCUGUUCGACUGUCUUAUCAGAUAUGGCCGAUAUGAAACUCUUGACUUCCUGUUUGCUGCGCAGGAAGUUCUUUGUGAGUGGUUGUCAAAGAGGGGAUUGAGUGUUUCAUUGGCAGACCUCUGCCUUUCUUCAGAUCCAUACUCUCAGAAGAAUCUUAUUGACGAAGUCUCAUGUGGUUUGCAAGAAGCAGAGAGGCUAUCAUAUAUAAGGUUGCUUAUGGUGAGUUAUAACAAAGAUUUCCUUGUUGAAAGCUCCGAAGAGAAUGAAAACGCUGUGAGUUUUGGAAAGAAAUACUUGUCUAUUGCACAGCAGAAGUCAGCAGCACUUAGUCAAACUUCCAUUUCUGCUUUCAAGCAAGUCUUUCGGGAUAUUCAGAACUUGGUUUAUCAAUAUGGAAGCAGUGAUAAUUCAUUUCUGGCAAUGUUGAAUGCUGGUAGCAAAGGGAACGUGCAAAAGUUAGUCCAGCAUAGCAUGUGCCUAGGGUUGCAACAUUCUUUGGUUUCUUUAUCGUUUCGAAUCCCUGAUCAGCUCUCUUGUGCUUCAUGGAACAACCAAAAGAAUUGUGCUGUUCAGAAAUCCCAUGGAAUCCAAGAAUAUUCUGAGUUGUAUAUCCCAUGUACUGUAGUUGCAAAUUCUUUCCGAAUGGGCUUAAAUCCUCUGGAGUGCUUUGCUCAUUCAUUGACAACACGUGACAGUUCUUUUAGCGGGCAUGCUGAUGUUUCUGGGACUAUAACUCGUAGGCUCAUGUUUUUCAUGCGUGAUUUAGUCUCUGGAUAUGAUGGAACUGUUAGAAAUUCUUAUGGGAAUCAAAUUGUUCAGUUCUCCUAUGGUUCUGAUGCCGUUUCUACUACCCAUAGUGAUGCUCUUGAUGCCUCGAAUGAGAGGCUGUAUGCUUGUAAUUCGCCAGGUGGUCAUCCUGUUGGUUCAUUGGCAGCUUGUGCCAUUUCAGAGGCUUCAUACAGUGCUUUGGAUCAACCAGUCAGUGCAUUUGAACCAUCACCUCUGUUAGCUCUAAAGAAAGUCUUGGAAUGUGGAGUAAAGAAGAGCACUGGUGAUAAAAGUUCAUCACUUUUUUUGUCCAGAAGACUUGGAAGAUGGGCAAAUGGUUUUGAAUAUGGAGCUUUAGAAGUCAAGGAUCAUUUGGAGAGAGUGCUAUUCUCUGAUGUAGUGUCAGAAGUAGCAAUAUUCUUGUCCUCCCAGACCUACAUUAGUACGUGGGCUUGUCAUUUUCACAUAGACAAGGAAGUUGCAAAGAAGAAACGGCUGAAGUUGCGUAAUGUUAUUGAUGCUCUUUAUAUGAAGUAUGAUGCUGCUAGAGUGAAAGCAAAAAUGCCAAACUUGAAGAUAAUAAGCAAGGGCUGUUCCGAAGCUGACCUGAAAUAUGGAACUGGCACAAAAAUUUGCAUCACAGUUGCAUUAACUGAAAGCGCCAGUAAUUUGGAAGUAGAACUGGGUACUCUUCGUGAAAUGAUUAUACCGGUCCUUCUUCAAACUGUUAUAAAAGGAUUCCCCGAAUUCAAGAAGGUUGAUAUCUUAUGGAGAGAGAGACCAAAUCGUUCAAAAUUUCCAAAGGGCUCUUCAGGUGAAGUUUAUUUGCGUAUUUUCAUGUCAGAACACUGUGAUAGGACUAAAUUCUGGAGCAUCCUCAACGAUAAGUGCUACCGAAUAAGAAAUAUAAUUGACUGGGAGCGCAGUCAUCCGGAUGAUAUUCAUGACAUCAGUCAGUUCUAUGGGAUAGAUGUAGCAUGGAAGUACUUUGUCAAUAGUUUGAAUUCUGCAAUCUGUGAUACUGGCAAGACCAUCCUUCCGGAUCAUUUAGUUGUCACCGCUAAUUGUCUUUCGGCUACAGGGGAAUUUGUGGCCUUAAAUGCCAAAGGACUUGCACAGCAAAGGAAGGAAACUUCCAUUUCUUCGCCCUUUUCACAAGCAUGCCAUCUGAAUCCUAGUGAUUGCUUCGUUAAAGCUGCUAAGACUGGACAAACAGAUGGUCUUCAAGGGAGUCUUGAGGCAUUGGCAUGGGGACAAACUCCCUCGAUUGGAACUGGUUGUCAUUUUGAUGUUAUAUAUAAUGGGAAGGGACAUGAACUUGCUGAGCCUGUAGAUGUAUAUACUCUGCUGAGUACCCAUGUCGGUUCUACUAAACAGAAAGAGAAAAUUAAGUUACCAGUGAAGCAAAAAGAAACACCAGGAAAAUCUGUCACCGACUGUCUAUUGAAAGGAAAGGGCCUUAAAAAUUUGACAAAAGAUACAUACUCACAAUAUAUCUUACUGGAUGACAUACACAGGAUUUCACGGGCAUUGCAGCGUAUACUACAUGAGUACCCUAUUGAUCACCUGUUAACUGGAGAAGAUAAGUCUGCUGCAAUGAAGGCUCUACAGUUUCAUCCUCGAUUCAAAGAGAAGAUUGGAACUGGUGCUAUGGAGAUAAAGAUUGGCCGUCAUCCAAAACACGUGGGAUCGCGCUGCUUUGUACUGAUAAGGACGGAUGGAACAGUGGAAGACUUCUCAUAUCACAAAUGCAUUCAUCACGCUAUUGAGAUGAUCACUCCUCAGAAGGCAAAAGCUUAUCAUUCAAGAUGGCUGAAUGGAGCAAUACGCUCUGAAAACCGCAAGGACGAACCCUGUUAA